CUUCGAGUUCACUUCUAGAAAAUCGUCUGGCCGCAUCCGAUCAAAGUGUCUCGGUCAUCAGCUUUGUCAUUUGAACCGGUGGCUACCAGUGGCAUGGGACAUAUUGCGCCAGAAUCCCGGAUUUCGUCCUAGGCGACACUUUCCUGCUUCGUUUUCCCUCUUACCACACCACAUCGACGAAACCCGCCGCUUUUUCAAGAUGUCCACCAUCAUGGAGCCUCGAAUUAUUCCCAGCCAGCUUCCGCCUGGUUUGGAGAUUGCAAUACCGCCGGGAGGCGAGCUGCCUCCUCAGCAGCCGAGAGGCACUUACGACAAGAAACCUCUCCCGCCGCUGCCUCCUCUCCGCCCAGGAUUUUAUCGCCAAGUUUCGGCCUUUUCUGUCAUGUCGGCCAUGUCAGUUACUUCAGCUAUAUCCAUCGAAACAAAAUCGACUACAAGGAAUUCCUCGAGGUCGCGAAGUCGUGCCAGGACGACGCCAUCACCGUCCCCUUCGAGAUUGGAACCUACCGAGGGAUCCGAGACAAUCGAGAGACUGGAGAAUGAGAUCAGCACAAUCUUGAUUCAGCAUAGCCCGACUCCCUUAUCACCUGUAUCACCAAGAUCAGAACACAGGAGUUGCUCGCCUCAGAGUCGUCGACCCGAACCAGAAAUCAGAAAAUUGGCUGUCCGGCGUCUCUCUACACCAAUUACAAGCCCGUGUACUCUUCAUCGAUCAUCGGCAAAGAUCAAACAAAUCACUGGGCUGGAUGUUGACUUUAGUGGCUUCACUCCAACGCCCCCCCGGCCACCUCGUUCACCGUUGGUCUCGGAAACGCUGAUGCCAGCUACACCCGACAAGUCCAGCAGUGUUCACAGCACAGAGAAGCCUAGUUCGGAGAAGCCGGCAUCGACUUCGGAGCCAGCCCGAACUUUGAGCUUGAUCGACGACUACGACGACGACUCGGAACCUGAUAGCAGUGAAUGGGACUUUAGUCCCAGUUCACGGAGGAACCACCCGUCGUGGAUACCUGCAUCUCCGGUGCCGCCUCGGGUAGAGAUAUUGGACUUUGACGAAGCGAGCCCGCGACGUCGGGACUCUGAGAUUGGAUGCCUGAGAUCGCCUGGUAUGCACCACUUCGAGACGCUUCCCGCACGGCGAAAUAACCAUAUGGAAGUCAGUUACGUGGGGGCCAAGGACCUCUACCACGCGACGGCGACAUCGAUUGCGAACUCGGCGAAGAAGACUGCGGGAUCUUCCCGAGACAGCAUGGAGUCAGGGCGGAGUUCUAUUCGGCCGCCAAAGAAUAGGCUGAGUUUCGCGGCCAAGGUGCUUCAGUCUGGUAGGAAGCGGCCACCCACGGGUAUCAACACGACCCCUCAGUCACCGUCAUCACUGGGCCCUGGGACGGGCUCUACCGUGGGAAAGCAGUCUUUGAGGUCGCUUCACCCGGAUAUGCACGCACACUCGAUGGACGACGACCGUCUACGGGUCAAAUACUCGGACGCCCUUUCUCGCGUAUUCCGAUGGAGCGGCGAGCACAGGAGGGUGGUUUCAGAGGGCACGACAGGAACCGACUUACCGCCGACGUCAGAACCUCGCAGCACCACAACUACGCCGGUGCCCGACUCACCUACACAAGCUGGACCCGGACUGAAGAGGAUGAGCAGCCGGCGUUCAAUGCAGGGCCUGGCGGCUCAAUUCAAGAGGACAGCGAACUCGAUGGUUCUGACUAAGGAUGAACGGCGGAGGGAAAAUCUACGGCAGAGCAUCCGGGUGAUACCGGAGGGUAGCACGCUCGAGUAGUGUAAGCCGGGCACUAUGGGACGGCGCCGGCGUGGCGUUUCGGGGCGCGGACUGCCCGCGUUGCUUAGGACGCUGGGUAAGGUACCUUGGGAUGCGAACCAUCUGGUCCGCGUCAAGGGAGGGAACAGCUGGCUUGGGCCAGAAGACUUGGGAUGGUGUCAUGUCUCGGCGUUUGUGUGUUUAGCGUUGCUUGUUUGUCAUGGGAGGGGGGUGUCUAGACUGCUCGCUGGUCUGUCUGCCUCUUCCUUGUCCUUUCUGAAAAGCGAAGAAGCGUUUGUCAUUGUUUGGGCAGUGUGCGUGUUACGUCUCUGUCAAUCCAUGAAACCUGGCAAAAGUCCAGAUGACUACUUUACCUUUAGAUAGACAUUCCUACCAAGAACAAUCUAUAGGGAGUGAAAGAAG